AACCAAACAAUAGAUUAGUUGAUAUCAUUUCUCGAUUAUUUACCACUUGAUCCAAGCGCAUCGCCAUCCACCCUCCACAAACAGAUAUCAACAUGCGAUCCAGAUCCGUGAAACCAUCAGUAUACCCCGCAAUACCUUUCCAUGCCAUCCGCGCUGUAGGCUCAAUCUCCACCCUGGUCGUGGGUAUCAUCCUAGCCGUCUUCAUCUAUAACCUCCAUAAAGACGGCUUCAAGCUACCCUGGGCUUUCCUAGUCCUCCUUAUCACCGCUAUCCUCUCCCUCCUCAACUACAUCCUAACCACAGUCACCCACUGCCUCCAUGGUCUCUCACCCCAACUAUCUCUCGUAUCAAAUACGAUCUGCCUCCUCCUCUGGCUCAUCUCCCUCGGCCUCCUGAGCUGGAGCAUGUCUCAAACGAUCCUGACCACCUGCAAUGCCACCUACUGGGCAACACCCACCGGUAUCAUGGUCUGCCGGAUCUACAAGGCCCUGUUUGCCUUCACAGUUCUCGGCACUAUCUCGUACAUCGCCGCGAUCGCUCUGGAUGUUAUUGUUCGCAGACGCCAGACUCGUCUGGGCGAGUACGACCCCAUGGCUAGUAACCCGGGCUUGAACGAUUACAAGAUGCACGAUCGCAAUAGUAGUGUGCUGUCCGGAGCCAUUGGUCCUUAUGGUGGAGCUGACGAGCAACAUCCCGCCUUUCGCUCGAAUCAUCAGACGGAUUAUGCCUACAGCGAUAAUCCGGCCCCGGAUAAUUAUUCCGCUCAGACGAUGCCCCCGCCUGUAUAUGGUGCUAGUUCCACGCUUGAACAGCAACAUGGUGGUGAGGUGCAGGGUUUUUAUCAGCCGACGCCUACUCGGCCGCGGGUUCAGUUCAGUGCUUACGGGCAUGAUGGGUAUGCCCAGCCGUCGGAGCAGACUCAUUAUGAUCCUGCGGCGUAUAGAUAAACAUCGCGAGGUGUACGCUUCCGAUACAGAUCUAACGGGGCAAUCACUGGGAGCUGUACAGUACUGGGGGCUGGCUGUCUGUUUAAAACUGGCCUAGUAAUAUGUCGAUUAUACUGGACUCAAUCUGAUGUGAGACGAUCUUGCAUUGAAGGGUAUAUACUUAUUUUUUGCCAGGGCGUAAUAGGUGCAUAAUUUUCAUCAAAGAUAUUGUUUUCUUGUCCGCCUUAGAUAUUGUGAUUAUGAAUCAUGUCGAAUUUGAUUUUUCAGGAUCCUUUCACCAAAUAUUGUAUCUUGGAGAGAAGUA